UGUUCCACUCGUGUCCAUCUGCGUUUGGUUCUCAGUAACAGAGGAUGGCUGACAAGAUCAGUGACAAUUUUCUCUUCUAAUACAGGUUAAUUCACAGGAUAGAGGUGUUUAAGAGACUGCAUCUUUUGUUUUUGAACGAUCAACUGGAAAUGAGAAAAACGGACACAGCCUUUAAAAAGGACAGACUGUACAAAGAUGUUUGCAGCUUGAAAAACCCAGUGAAGUUAAUAGAUACACAGAAGGAGCAUAGAUUUUACCAGCAAAUUCUUGGCUGUUAUUCAAAACAUGAACAUUAAUCUGGGUAAUACAAUGAAAAUGAUUCUCUUGGGGGCAGCAGGCCUUUUCCUUUUGGUAUCCAUGAUAAUUCUAGGAUGGCAGAUCUACUUUUACUGUCAACAUAGAAAAGCAAAGAAAAUUAAAGCAAAAAAUGCUGUGAGUGGGACUGAUCCCAACAAACAGUAUACGGAAAAAAGCAACUUAUCAACACACAGUAACUCUGCAGAUUUUCUGGGUUUGUCUGAUGAAGAUGAGUAUUUAGAUGUGAAAAAGUAUGAUUAUAAGGUGUACAAGCUCCAAGAGAGUUUACAAAAACUAAGCCUUUAUCUUCAAAGUAGUAAUCCUGUUGAUUUGAAACUGAUUCAAUCAAAUGAUGAUCUUGUCAUUGACUCAAAAGUUGAGCUUUCAGGAAAUUUGAAAUUUUCCCUAUUGUACGACAAAAAACAGUCAAAAUUACAACUGACAGUUAAAGAAGCUUCUAAUCUUCCUGCUCGACACUUCAAUCAGCACAAUGACUUUUUCAUUCGGAUAAAGUUAUUUACCAGUUUACCUCGAUACCAGUGUAUCCUUCAUCAAUGGGACACAAAGAUUGUGAAGAAUACAAUAAAUCCCUCUUUUGGAGACCAAUACACCUGUUAUAUUGAGAAGACUGCCUACAGGAAGGCUACUCUAAAACUUGAGGUUUGGGAUUUUGACAAGUAUUCUCGGCGUGAUGUUUUAGGAGAGGUGCGCUUGUCACUCAGCAACUUGGAAUUAUCUAACACAGAAUUCAGUGAGAAGUUACAGAAGGUCCAAAAGGAGGUCAUUGGGGAAAUGUUUCUGUCUCUUAAAUAUCUUCCAACAGCCCGGAAAUUGGAAGUUGUCUUGCUGAAGGUGAAAACUGGCUGCUUGAACACUGGUCCAGAUAUAGGUAUUUACACAAGAGUAGAUUUCUACGUCAAUCAACACAAAAUGAAGCACCAGAAGACGCAAGCAAAGCUGAAGUCUGAAAUAACUGUGUUUAAUGAAGUUAUGCUGUUCACUGUGGCAGAUUCGGUUAUUAAUCAGUCCAUGAUUAUAACCUCUGUUUAUGAAACAUCACUCUCCAAGGACAGUGCAAGGCAUCUCUUAGGCCGUGCAUAUGUGGGAAGGAAGAAAUCCAAAGAGGAUGAUCACUGGCUCUCUAUGCUGCAGUGCUUACGGCAGCCUGUGUCAAAAUGGCAUCCACUCUUAAUCUAAGCACACCCUGUGGGAUCUGUCUUACCAUCACCAUUAAUUAUCUGCUAAGGACAGCAGAAAUGUGACAGCAGGUGCCUAGAGCACAGAGCACAGUCUUUCCAAGCUCAUUCAAUUCUAUUUUGCGCAAAACAAUAUUCUGCAAAAGCAUCAACUGAACUUAGUAUAAAUAAUUAGAAAUCUUCAUGAAUUCAAAAGGAAAUAUUCAAUAUAAAAUGGAAUCAGAAGAUUGAUUCUGAAUCAUAAAAUAAAGCUACCAAACCCUAAUAAUUCUA